UCUGUGUGGACGAUUGGGAGUCCUACCACCCCGCCCCAGCGCUGUGCAGGGAGCCGCUGGCUGAGUAACUCCUGAGGCCUGGACCGCAUUGCGUCGCUAGGGUUUGAGCUGUCGGCCCCCCUGGUGGGGGAAGCUGGAAUAACAUCCUGGGAAUCAGAGGUCAUUUGAGAGAAAUGAGGGAGCCCGUGUGCCCCUAGAUUGCCUUGUGCUCCCCUUUCCCCUACUUCCCCUACUCGUCUCACCAGCCAAGUGAGGCCCGAGAUGAAAGGGACAUGGGGCAGCAUCAAGGAUUGAUGUCUGCUGGUUACAUUUGAGGGUGCAGGGGAGUCACAAGGCGGGUUCGAGUCCAGCUUUAGGAGGGCAGUGAGUUGUAGUGGUUUGAGAGAGUUGGGAGCCAGCACUUCUGGGUCCCAUUCUGAGGGGUGGCUGUGCUGAGACCCUGACUGUGUAUUGUGAGGUGGGGGGAGGGUAUCUGGUUGUGCCGGGUUCCUGUCUUAUAGCCCACUCCCCACCACUGCAGGAGCCCAGCCAUGGCGACCAUGGUGUACCCGCGAGAGGAGAAGCUGAGCCAGGAUGAGAUCGUGCUGGGCACCAAGGCUGUGAUCCAAGGGCUGGAAACGCUGCGCAGUGAGCACCACUCCAUUCUGGCCACCCUGCUGGACCCCAGGAACUGCCUGGACAAGCAGCAUGAGCCCAGCACUGUGCAGGAGAAGUCCAGCCUGCUGCGCAAGUCACUGGAGGCCAUCGAGCUGGGGCUGGGGGAGGCCCAGGUGAUCAUUGCUCUGUCGAGCCACCUGAGUGCGGUGGAGUCCGAGAAGCAGAAGCUGCGGGCCCAGGUGCGGCGUCUGGUGCAGGAGAACCAGUGGCUGCGACAGCGCAGCGAGCAGGCCGUGGCGCAGCUUGAGGAGGAGAAGAAGCACCUGGAGUUCAUGAACCAGAUCAAGAAGUUUGACGAAGACAUCUCCCCCUCGGAAGAGAAGAAUGGGGAGGCAGCCAAGGAUUCGCUGGAUGACCUGUUUCCCAGUGACGACGACCAGGGCCAAGGGUCGGCACCUGGCAGCGGGGAGGCCGCGGCCCAGCAUGGGGGCUACGAGAUCCCAGCACGGCUGCGCACGCUGCACAACCUGGUGAUCCAGUAUGCUUCCCAGGGGCGCUACGAGGUGGCUGUGCCACUCUGCAAGCAGGCACUGGAGGACCUGGAAAAGACCUCAGGCCAUGACCACCCCGACGUGGCCACCAUGCUCAACAUCCUGGCCUUGGUAUACAGGGACCAGAACAAGUACAAGGAGGCUGCUCAUCUUCUCAACGAUGCACUGGCCAUCCGGGAAAAGACCCUGGGCAAGGACCACCCUGCUGUGGCUGCCACCCUGAACAACCUGGCAGUGCUGUACGGUAAGAGGGGCAAGUAGAAGGAGGCCGAGCCGCUGUGCAAGAGAGCAUUGGAGAUCCGUGAGAAGGUGCUGGGCCGGUUCCAUCCCGACGUGGCCAAGCAGCUGAACAACCUGGCGCUGCUGUGCCAGAACCAGGGCAAGGCGGAGGAGGUGCAGUACUACUACGGCCGGGCGCUGGAGAUCUACGAGAGCCGCCUGGGCCCUGACGACCCCAACGUUGCCAAGACAAAGAACAACCUGGCAUCCUGCUACCUGAAACAGGGCAAGUACAAAGAGGCUGAGGCGCUGUACAAGGAGAUCCUGACUCGGGCACACGAGAAGGAGUUUGGCUCAGUCAAUGGAAAAAAAAAGCCGAUCUGGAUGCAUGCAGAGGAGCGCGAGGAGAGCAAGGACAGGAGCAAGGACGGUGUCCCCUAUGGGGAGUACGGCAGCUGGUACAAGGCCUGCAAGGUAGACAGCCCUACAGUGAACACCACCCUGAAGAGUCUGGGGGCUCUGUACCGGCGCCAGGGCAAGCUGGAGGCUGCUGAGACUCUGGAGGAGUGUGCCAUGAAAACCCGCAAGCAGGGUGUGCACGCCAUCAGCCAGACCAGGGUGGUGGAGCUGCUGAAGGAUGGGGGCAGGCCGGAGCGCAGGACCAGCCGGGAGAGCCUGCCCAGCAGUGCUGCCAAGACUGAGAACGGGCCCGAGCCUGAGGACGGGAUGGGCACGGAAUGGGCUGGGGAUGGCUCUGGAGCCCUGCGCCGGAGCGGCUCCUUCGGGAAGCUGCGGGAUGCCCUGCGCCGGAGCAGUGAGAUGCUGGUGAAGAAGCUGCAGGGGAGCAGUCCUCAGGAGCCCAGGAACCUGGGAAUGAAACGGGCCAGUUCGCUGAACUUCCUCAACAAGAGCAUGGAGGAAUCGAGCCCGCCAACGAGCAGCAGCUUCUCCGAGAGCCGGGGCCUGAGUGCCAGUACUGUGGACCUGUCCAGACGCAGCUCCCUGCUGGGGUGACCCCCUCGGACACCUCCACAGACACCCCCACAACCCCUGUGGGCCAGAGUAGAGGAGACAACACCUGCUGUUACACCUCCAUCGGCUGGCUCCCCGCCCCACCCAGUGUGCAGUGACUGGGGAGGGUCGUGCCCCGUGCACAGAGACUGGGGGCUCCCCAUCCUCCGUGUGGCUUGGCCUGGCCCCUCCUACUCUGGAAACUCACUCCCAUGCUGCUGUAUGGACAGUCCCCUUUCGGAGUGGGGACACCACCCCUUUAGCCCCCAGCCCCACUCCCUCAGCUGCACUGAGCUGUCCUCCACCCCUCAAGCUGUGGAUCUGAUGCUGGGCUGGGGAGACACUUCUAGGGGGCUGGUAGGGGGUGUUCAGGGGAAACCCCUGGGACUCAGCUGCUGGGUUGGAGAAGGGGAUCCAGAGGUGAGUCUCAUCACCCCCCUUGCUGCUGAGUGUGUGAUCACUUCUGUUUCCUUUGUAUUUAUAUUUUGUUCUCAGGGAGUCCCCUGCAGUGGGAGCCCCUCUUUGCCCCAUGCUGCCCUCAGACCGGCUGGGGAACCCCUUCCCCUCUUUCCGUUCAGAUGCUGCAGCCGCUCCUGUUGCUUAGUAUCUAGGUCCCGUCCCCCCCCCCCGACUGCUCUGCACCCUCCACCUACCCAGAACCCUCCCUGCCCCUUGCUGAAGGAGGUGGUGCAUGUAGUCACUAUGGUCCCCCUGGUUUACAUGGUCCUGGUGCAGGCUGGUGAAUUCCCCCCUCCCCAGCUCCUGCACACCCCCAGCAGUGGGGUUGGCAUCUCAUUGCCUCCGAGCUAGAGCCUGCGCCUUUCACUGGAAAACACUAACCCCUCUGGGGCCUGGGGGAUGGGAAUGGAGCUCGCAGUGUCGCACAAUUCAUUUCCUUUCACAUCUCUCUACAAUCCCACCUAACACAGGAAUAGGCCCCAACCACUGCUAUGCCCCGGAGUGGGAAGCAGGGGCUGUUACCGCCCUCCGGGGAGGUGCGUAGGGAGGGCUGGCCAACAGGGGAGAGGCUGCUAUGGAAAAUCUCCCCCUAUCCUGAGAGCAGCUUAGCUGGGUCCCUCCAGGUCCCUCACCUUCGUCAGGGCUCCUUGAGCCUUCACUGCUUCACCCAUCUAUCUGCCCCCCUGUGGGGGAACCCAUUGGGGGGUAGGGCACCCGCUGAACUUGCUCUCGAUUUACCAGUGUUG